UUAGCAGAGGUUUGAGAGAAAGCUAUGUUUUUGAAGCUUUUUAUGGCUUUGGUGCUUUUGUUGGUAACAACAAUGGUACAAGUGAGUGGUGCAGAUACAAGUUUCAUCUUUAAUUAUGGCUUCCCAUCUGCUAAUUUAACCAUGGAUGGUAUCUCUAUCAUCACUCCCAAUGGCCUUCUCCAACUCACCAAUGAAACUAGGACGCAAACGGGUCAUGCUUUUUACUCCAAUCCAGUAGUUUUCACAAACACUUCUUCUUUCUCUACUACUUUUGUUUUCGCCAUUAGACCUCAGUAUCCAACUCUGGGUGGUCCUGGGAUGGCUUUUGUGAUCUCUCCAAAAAAUGCUUUUCCAUAUGCUCUCCCCAACCAGUACCUCGGCCUCUUCAACGGAACCAACAAUGGCGACCCCAAAAACCACGUGCUCGCUGUAGAAUUCGACACCGUCCAGAACAUUGUGUUCGGGGAUAUCAAUGAUAACCAUGUUGGGAUCAAUAUCAACGGUUUGAAUUCCACAAAAGCUGCUCCUGCUGGAUAUAAAGUAAAUAGGUUUCAAUCUCAAAAUUUGAGCCUCAAGAGUGGCUUGCCGAUGCAGGUGUGGGUGGACUACGAUGGAGGCAAGAGGCAAAUAAGUGUCACCCUAGCUCCAAUCAAUGUUAACAAGCCCGAAACACCAUUGUUAACAUUGUCCCGAGAUCUUUCUCAGGUUCUAACCAAUCCUAGUUAUGUCGGAUUCUCAUCUUCUAACAGCGUGCUGACAGCUUUUCAUUAUGUUCUUGGUUGGAGUUUCCAGGUCAAUGGCGAGGCUCAAAAGCUUGACACCUCCAGACUCCCAAAACUCCCACGACUUGGAGGGAACAAACAAUCAAUGAUUUUGCCGAUUGGGAUACCCCUCCUUUCACUCUGUUUGAUUCUUCUUGUUUGCUUAUCCGUAGUUUAUUACAUAUACAGGAAAAGGAAAUUUUCUGAGGUUGUCGAGGAGUGGGAACAAGACUAUGGUCCUCACAGGUUCAAAUACAAAGAUCUCUAUGUUGCCACAAAGGGAUUCAGAGAGAAAGAGCUUCUUGGCAGUGGUGGUUUUGGCAGCGUCUACAAAGGGACUAUGCCAGGUUCAAAAAUUGAGGUUGCCGUGAAGAAAAUAUCCCAUGAAUCCCGACAAGGGAUGAGGGAAUUUAUAGCAGAAAUCUUGAGCAUCGGUCGUCUACGCCAUCGAAACCUCGUGUCUCUUUUGGGAUAUUGUAGGCGAAAAGGUGAGCUUCUUUUGGUUUAUGAUUUCAUGCCGAAUGGAAGCUUAGAUAAAUACCUUCACAACCAACCCAGAGUGAUGCUAAAUUGGAUGCAAAGAUUCAGAAUCAUCAAAGGCGUAGCUUCAGGACUGUGUUAUCUGCAUGAAGAGUGGGAGCAAGUUGUGGUUCACAGAGACAUAAAAGCAAGCAAUGUAUUGCUAGAUUCUGAGUUUAAUGGAAGGUUAGGAGAUUUUGGUCUGGCAAGGUUAUACGAUCAUGGGAGUGAUCCUGCAACUACGCAUGUUGUCGGGACCUUGGGAUAUCUAGCACCGGAGAACACAAGAACAGGGAAAGCCACAACAAGGUCUGAUGUUUUUGCUUUUGGAGCUUUUUUGCUGGAGGUUGCAUGUGGAAAAAGGCCCAUAGAGCGAAGAAGAGAAGAGUAUAUUUUGGUGGAUUGGGUUUAUGUGUUAUGGAAGAGGGGUGAGAUUAAUGAGGCAAAGGAUCCAAAUUUAGGAACAGAUUACAAAGCAGAGGAGGUAGAAUUGGUGUUGAAAUUGGGGCUUAUGUGUUCGAAUUGUAAGGCUGGAGACAGGCCAAGCAUGCGGCAAGUUGUGCAGUAUUUGAAUUUGGAGAUGGCUUUGCCUGAUUUGCCAUUGCCAUUGCCGUCUCCUUCUUGCUGUGGAUUCACAGGUACGAGUGACCAAGACUUAAAUGACAUUCAAAUGUCCAUUACAACUUCAAGUAUGGGUGGCUAUUUCUCUCGCACCUCAAUACCCGAAUCAAUCCUUUCUGGAGGUCGGUGAUUUCCUUUUGAAGUAUGCAUGGGACGUAGUAGCUAAGUACUUGUAGAAUACUCUUGGUUCGGUUGCAUAACCAAGAGUUUUAGCUUUCCUCUGCUUUCCCUUAGCAAUUUUUGUCAAUUAAAUGAUUAUAAGGAUGUAUCAUGAUCUUGCUGUGGUCGAUACAGCUAGAACCAAGUUUCAAAGUUCAGAAUAAUAUUGUAGUAUGGAUAAUUACAAACUUUUAGUGUUUCUUUUUU